AUGGCCCAGCUCUACGCCUUCAAAUGCGACGAGCUGGCGCUGGAGAGGGCGAAGAGAAUUGAGCAUAUGGAGGAAUUGGCCAAAAUGAAGGCGGAGAGGGAGAAAGAAAAAGAGAGCCUGCAGGAGGCCAUCUUAUCCGUAGAGAGACAGGCACAGGUCGUGCAAGCCA